CAACAUAGUUGAGUCCUUCUGAUAGUGAUAGGGUAAGGACAGAUAUACAGAAGGGGAAAAAGGGAAACAUCAAUACAUCCUCUGAACAAACUAUGUCUGUGUAUGAUACUAACUUGCACUGACACAUAUGCAGAGGACAAAAGAGAAACUAGAUGUGUCACCGAGAAAAUUUAUUUUUAUAAACUAGAAAGGGCUAGUUGGUAUAUUUCUUGCUUGUGACACAUUAAUGAUUGCUUUUUGUAACAUCUUGGUUCUAUUUAAAAUUCAUGCUACCAUUUUUUAUGAUGUAUCGUUAUCUAAGUUGCGCGGACUCUUCACUUUCAAUGCCGCACCCGUGUUGGAUUCUCCAAAAAUGCACUAGCUUUGGCGAAUCCGACCCACAACAUUUUGGAAGAGUCAGAGCAACAUGGAUCGUUAUAAUACUUAUGUUGCUCUAGUUACAUCCUUGAGAGAUGGGAUGAAUCUUGUUAGCUACGAGUUUGUGGCCUGCCAAGCAUCCAAGAAAGGAGUUCUAAUUCUAAGUGAGUUUGCAGGUGCCGCACAGUCUCUUGGUGCUGGGGCUAUUUUGGUAAACCCAUGGAACAUUACUGAACUUGCAUCUUCAAUUGGUUAUGCUCUAACAAUGUCCGCACAUGAAAGAGAAAAACGACAUCAACAUAACUUCUUGCAUGUCACUACUCACACUUCCCAGGAAUGGGCUGAAACAUUUGUAAGUGAACUUAAUGAUACAGUUGUUGAAGCUCAGCUGAGGACUAGACAUACUCCACCUCAAUUUCCCUCCGAAGAGGCUAUUGACCGCUACUUGCAAUCAAAUAAUCGAUUGCUUAUAUUGGGUUUCAAUGCCACAUUAACAGAGCCAGUGGAUGCUCAGGGUAGAAGGAUUGAUCAACUAAAGGAAAUGGAGCUUAAGUUGCAUCCAGAUUUAAAAGAACCUCUAAGAAAGCUCUGCAGUGAUCCAAAGACGACAAUAGUUGUCCUCAGUGGAAGUGGCCGAAACGUUCUUGAUGAGAAUUUUGGAGAAUAUAGGAUGUGGUUGGCUGCUGAACAUGGAAUGUUUUUGCGACAAACAGAGGGGAAUUGGAUGACUACGAUGCCUGAAAAUCUAAGUAUGGAUUGGGUUGACAGCGUGAAGCAUGUAUUUGAGUAUUUCACGGAGAGGACCCCCCGUUCUCAUUUUGAGCUUCGUGAGACCUCACUUGUUUGGAACUAUAAAUAUACAGAUGUUGAGUUUGGAAAACUUCAAUCAAAAGAUCUCUUGCAACAUCUGCGGACAGGCCCAAUUUCAAAUGCUUCUCUAGAGGUGGUCCCUGGUAGUCGAUCUGUUGAGGUUCGAGCAGUUGGUGUUACUAAGGGAGCAGCUAUAGAUCGUAUAUUAGGAGAAAUAGUGCACAAUAAUGUCCUGAAGACACCAAUUGAUUAUGUUCUAUGCAUAGGGCACUUUCAGGC